GUUCACAGAUGCAUGCAUACUGAUGUACAUCGCGUGCAUCCUGAAGCAUGUGUGGACACAAAAGAACGAGCUUUAUAGGGCUGCACAGCAUUAUUUGGCGCGUUGUGAGAAGACAUCCGUGUGGAUGGGGGAGCUGUGCGCUUUUCGCGCGCUUACACCUGCUGGUUACGUCAAAUCCUUCCCAGAGCAGCGUUGCGCCGUCGUCUUGGAAACGGUCCUUCAGCGUCGCAAGCCUGUGUAAGGUUGUAUGGACGGAUGAUGGAAGAAAACAGCAGAGAACAUCUCGAUACUGAUAAUGAAGCAGGGGGAGAGGAUGCUUUGGUGGGGAAUGUGAACAAACUGAUGAUCAGCCCUCCAGGAUACACUGGACCGCCCAAGAAAGGUCAUAUCAUCUUCGACGCCUGCUUUGAGAGUGGUAACCUGGGUCGUGUUGACUACAUCAGUGAAUUUGAAUUUGAUCUGUUCAUCAGGCCUGACACGUGUAACCCGCGGUUCAGAGUCUGGUUUAACUUCACAGUGGAAAAUGUUCGAGAGACUCAGAGGGUGAUUUUCAACAUUGUGAACUUCAGUAAGACCAAGAGCCUGUACAGAGAUGGGAUGUCCCCCGUGGUGAAGUCGACCAGCCGGCCUAAAUGGCAAAGACUGCCAGCCAAGAAUGUGUAUUACUAUCGCUGCCCGGACCAUCGGAGGAACUACGUGAUGUCUUUAGCCUUCUGCUUCGACCGCGAGGAUGAUGUUUAUCAGUUUGCGUACUGCUACCCGUACACCUACUCACGUCUGCAGCAUUACCUGGCCAGCCUGGAGCGCAGAAAUCUCGAUUACCUGCAGCGAGAGCAGCUGGGCCUCAGUGUGCAACAACGAAGACUUGAUCUUCUGACCAUCACCAACCCCGGGCUGGAGAGCUGAGACUGCUUAAGAGAGGAUGAGAACCAGGAUGAUAAAAAUUGCUCCUGAAGUGUGAUGUCAUGCUGUGAAAGUGUGGGGCCUUCUUGUUAUAAGAUGUCUUAUCAAAUAGCAAAUGAGCUAAAUCUGUGUCAGCCAACCAUCUUUGAAAACAAGGCUUUGUAAAGCCAACAUUAAAAGUUUGUCGACUACUUUUUUUUUGCUUAAAAAUGGCAGUUUAUUGUG